AUGGUCGGCCAUUCCAAGAUGCGACAAGGGCUAGUCGAGCCGUCCAUAGCAGAAGAAGAGGAUGACUUUGACAUGUUCCAAGAUGAAAAGAGGGAGUCAGCAACAGCGAGUAGCGCUAAAAGUCGUUCGAACAAUUUAACCUUUUACCCAUAUGCAAACCACAAAUUGACUAGGAGUGCUGCUACUCUAAACCUAUCUUUAACUAGCAAUGAACUUGACCUGCCACCAAGGUUGAAAGGAAUCAAAGAAGUUGACUACAACAGCGUUGAUGAAUGUAUUGAUAGAUGGUCUCCUUUCAAGGACAGCGAUCCGGCGACUCCUAGGGCGACAAGAAGCAAACGAACCUCUAAAUCAGAUCUUUCGCCGUUCGUCACCGACCCUGAGUUAACCAAAAAGUGGAAGCGCGAAACAGUGACCAGCCAGUUGGCUAAAUCUUGGACCGCAGACCAAGAAACGAGAGAUACGGAAAAUUUACCGCCAGAAAAUCUGAAUUGGCCUGGUAAGAUAGCUUUUUUGCCACCAACGGGAUUAAUAUCCAAAGUGGCACAAGCCGAGUCAAACUAUCCCAAGAAACUUUCCAUUCCGGAUACACCCGUGAAAAAAUCCCCGUUGAUGGAGAGUUGCAAAUUGUCUAAUUCCACUAAUGGUUCACCAAGCUUUAGCAAUAGGAGCUAUAACUUGACGCAGGAAACUUCUUAUAUGCAAUCGCCCCCAAUGAAAUCGAUUCCGAAGCUACUGAUAGACGCGUCACCACUAAGCACAUCGUUCAAUAUUCUGGAAGACAAUGAUAGUGAGCGAGAAACUGUUGGGCGACCUCAAAAAUCUGCUUCACAGCUUCAUACCGGUAGGUACAAGAAAAUGAGAAAGGCUCGAAAUUCUGUGAUUGUGAACAAUAAUGAGCUGAAAAACAGUCUACAACAAUUCACGGACGACCUUUAUGGUACGGAUAACAGUGUGCGACCUACCAGCUCCAAAAAAGAUAAAGAAAUGGACGACGUAUCAUUCUUCAAUAUUUUGCCGCCUCCUGGUGGAGCAAAAUGUUACUACGACAACGAAGGCAGCUCUAGUAGCGCGGAUACCACACCAACGCGAAAGAAAUCGCUCCUGCAUAGGAAGACAAAGGCCAGGGAAGAGUCCAUUAUAAAAUUUAGGAAUAGUAAAGUACACGACUCGUCGCCUGUACCGACAAGAAGAUUCAUAAAUGCCAAAAUCGAGACAAAUCCAGAUUCACACCUUUUCGAAAAAUUCACAAACGUUUCUAGUAUUGGUAACGGCCAAUUCUCCACGGUAUAUCAGGUAACUUUUCAGCAAACUAAGAAGAAAUACGCUGUGAAAGCAAUACAGCCGAACAAACAUAUCUCAAUGAGACGUGUCGUACAGGAGAUCAAAAUUUUAUCCGAGAUUAGCGAGAGCACCUUGGAUGACGAAGGUAAAGAAUAUGUUAUCAAUUUUAUCAGCUCAUGGAAACAUCAAAGCUCCUUCUACAUAAUGACUGAGUUCUGUGAGAAUGGAACGCUUGAUGGGUUUUUGCAAGAGCAAAUAGUUGCCAAGAAAACAAGGCUAGAAGAUUGGAGAAUAUGGAAAAUAAUAGUAGAGCUAAGCUUGGCAUUGAGGUUCAUACACGAUUCAUGUCACAUUGUUCAUUUAGAUUUGAAACCUGCAAACGUGAUGAUUACUUUCGAAGGUAAUUUAAAGCUGGGAGAUUUCGGUAUGGCAACACACCUCCCUCUGGAAGAUCUAAGCUUCGAGAAUGAAGGCGACAGAGAAUAUAUCGCGCCAGAGAUCAUAUCUGACUGCAUUUACGACUUCAAAGCUGACAUCUUCUCCUUGGGACUAGUCAUCGUAGAAAUUGCAGCAAACGUUGUCUUACCGGAUAAUGGGAAUGCUUGGCAUAAGCUGCGUUCGGGAGAUUUAUCAGAUGCUGGUAAACUGAGCGCUAACGACAUCCAUUCAGAUUCUCUUUUUUCUGGCGACCUCAAAUUUGACACCAAUCUCACUGAUAUAUCCGAUUACCACGGACAAGACAGCGUGAACUUACUUAAAGAAACGCCCGCUAUCCCCCCAUGGGUACCGAAGUUCCUCAUCGAUGGGGAGUCUUUGGAAAGGUUAGUCAAGCGCAUGAUAGAGCCAAACUUCGAGAAGAGGCCUAGUGCCAAUGAGAUUCUACACGCUGAAGAAUGCAUUUAUGUCGAAAUGACUCGUAAAGCCGGAGCCAUCAUUCAGGAAGAUGAUUUUGGACCAAAACCGACAUUUUUUACGCCCUAA